CGGGAACCUUGUCCGAGAACGCCGACCUGUGUAAAAAUUUAAAGACCAUAUCAGAGGUCUAGAAGCGCAGUCACGGCUCAGUGCCGAGCACGUUCGAGACUGGCCCAUACGCUCUCGAGUAUUUACCAUUCAAAUUCCGUCAUUCUUCCAUGUCUCAACCCAAAGGUACUGCGAUUGUUACAGGAGCCAGCCAGGGAAUAGGUCGCGCCAUUGCACUUCGCCUUGCUGAUGAUGGUUUUGAUAUCGCUUUGAAUGACAUCACGAUCAAGAUGGUGCAAUUGGAUGCUGUAGCCAGGGACAUCGUGGCUAAGGGACGAAGAGCGGUCGUUGUUAUCGCAGACGUAUCGGUGGAAGACGAAGUCAGAGAGAUGAUUGACACCACUGUUCGGGUUCUAGGGGGCGUCGAUGUGAUGAUAGCUAACGCCGGGAUAUUCACUUUUGGUAGUGUCCUGGACGCCGAUGUGGAGAAGUUCGAUGUCACCUACUCGGUGAACGUUCGGGGGACGUUACUCUGUUAUAAGUAUGCCGCCCGGAAGAUGAUUGAGCAAGGAAGGGGUGGAAGGAUUAUAGGCGCAUCAUCAGUGGUCGGGAAGAGAGGCGUUAAGGAUUAUAUUGCGUACAGCAGCAGCAAAUUUGCUGUCAGAGGGUUGACCCAGGCUGCAGCUUUAGAGCUUGGUCAUCACGGUAUCACCGUGAACUGCUAUGCUCCAGGGCCGAUCCAGACAGAAAUGCUGCGGUCCUUGAAAGAACAAAGGGAACGAUGGACAGUUGAGAGGGGUUAUGACCCGAGCUCAAUUCAACAAGUGCAUAAUGCAGUUGGGUACGAGGGUACUCCGGACGAUAUCGCAAGUAUCGUCUCCUACCUCGCGUCAAAGGAGGCGCACUUUAUCACUGGGCAGAGCAUUUCCGCGGAUGGAGGAAUUUGCCUCACUUAGGCUGAAGGAGUCAUGGUUUGAGGCAAUUAGGGGAUAAACAACUAUUGUGCUUAUUGAAUCAUGAUCAGGCGUGUGCAGACAAUUGAUUGCGAUCUGAUCCUUGGCCAGAUGAGUCGUACGAUCGAGUCGACGUACCCAAAUGACCCACGUUUGAAAUAUUUUAGUGUGCUCGUAUGAUUUCGCUGUAUGAUCGGCUUUAGCGUCGGACUCUCGAUAAAGAUUA